AUGAUGGGCACAGUCCUCAGUACCGUGGGAAGUCUCCUCCCCUACCACAUCCUCUCAUACGGAACUCUUCUCGGCACGGAGCUCUUCCAGAGCUUCAUCAACACAAAGAUAUGCUUCCAUUACCUCCCCAUGCGCGAAUUCUUAGCUCUCCAGAAACAUAUCUUUCCGGUUUACUUCGGAUGCCAAAUUGGCCUUGCCGUUCUGACGGCCGCUACCCAUCCGCCUUACGGGAUCAUUUCGCUCGUGAAGGAUGUGUGGAGCGUUAUUCCUCUUGGUAUUGUUGUGGGUAUGGGGGGUCUGAAUUAUUUCAUCUUUGGGCCGAGGACUAUGACUGCGUCGUUUCUUCGACGGGCUGUUCAAGAAAUUGAUAAGACCGCCGAUUAUGUUGAUCCCGUCAGAGCGGAGCGAGUGAAUCGCUCUUUUAGUCGCAAUCAUGCCAUGUCCAUUCACUUUAACGCCAUCGCGCUCGUUGCUACGGUUUGGUAUGGGUUUAGGCUGUCUUCGAAUAUUCUUGCUGGGUUUUAG